AUGCCCUCAUCUCUGAGCUCCGAGAUUGUUGUCGGGAUAGACUUUGGCACGACGCAAAAAAAGAUCAGACUCAUCACUGACUGGCCCAACCCAGCAGCCACUAUUGCCAAUGCCGACAAAGUCCCAACCAUCAUCUCAUACCAGAAUGGCGGUGUCGCAAACUGGGGCUAUGAGGUCGGUCUCAAGGAAGAUGCCUUUCGAUGGAUCAAAAUCCUUCUUGAGCCCAAGUCCAAGUACGCCGACGAGGAGCUGCAUGUUCAGGGGAGUAGCAACCUCCUGGGCAAGGUCAACAAGACGGUUGAGGAGGUUGUCAGUGACUACCUCAGGCUAAUAUGGACGUACACCAAGGAGAACAUCCGCAAGCGCGUCGGUGACAGUGACUGGGAGAACAACUUUACUCUCCAAGUGGUGCUGACGGUACCGGCCAUGUGGACUCCUGCUGCCAAAGACAAGACCCUCAAGGCGGCCCAGAGGGCUGGUCUUCCACAGGACAUUCGCUUGGUGACUGAGCCAGAAGCUGCCGCCUUGUCCACGCUGCAUGACAAAGCUGAGGAAAAUUCACUCAAGAAGGGAGAUGCAUUCGUUGUCUGCGAUGCGGGGGGUGGGACUGUGGACCUCAUUAGUUACAAAGUCAACAACACCUCCCCACUUGAGAUUGAAGAGUGUGCUAUUGGCGAUGGUGACCUCUGCGGCUCCACGCGGUUGGAUAAAUGUUUUGAAAAAUACAUCGAAACGCUAGUGGGCAAGGAUCAGUACAGCAAACUAAAGGAGAUCAACAAGAAGAAGAUGAUGCGAGUGUUCGAGUACGGCGUCAAACGAUGCUUCACCCUCGAGUCGACCAAAGAGUACUCGGUGGACCUUAAGGGGGUCGAGGACAACGAAAGGCACGGUAUCGAGGACGAUACAAUUACCUUGGAUCACUAUGGUGUGUGCGUCAACCAGCCCUUUGACUCUUCACGGCAUCUCUGGGAAGAUCGGUAUCUCAACCUCGCGACCAACACUUACUAUGCAGCCAAUCAGAUGAAAUGGCUCUUACGUAGGGAUAAGGAGCCCCCAUCACGUUAUAACCGCAACCUCAAGCAGCUCUGCAGUGUCCACUAUUCUGUGGAAGAGGCAAAGAUCUGGAACGAGCCAAGCUAUAAGAGCGACGCCAAGCCAGGGAAGUGGCGAGACAUGAAGAUGGAACUGAUUUUGAUCUUGGGAAAUGCGACACUUGACUUUAGGGUGAAAUACCGGGACGAGUUUGUUGCUGCUGUGGAAGCUGAGUACAUGCAGGAUUUUUCUUGA